CCCACCACUCCGGGAUAAUAAUCAUCCAGCCCUUAUUGAGAUAGACGUCUUGCAAGACAGUCCCUUCCUUAGACAUCACUUUCAUCACAAUACCCCUUAGCACUCAAAUAACAAAUUCCUCCUCAGACUAGUGUCAAUAUGAAGCAAUGGACUACAUUAAUGGAUGGUAUUGAUAACCUCAAGUUGGAAACAACACCAACCCCAGCAGAACUAAAAGAAAAUGAAGUACUGGUGAGAAUCAAUUGCGUGUCGCUUAACAACCGCGAUCUUCAACUGAUCACCGGAGCAUUCAAAAACCGAUACGGCUCUCCAGCGAACGCCAUAGUCCCAUGCUCCGACGCGAGCGGCACCAUCGUUCGUAUCGGCGGAUCGACAGCCGGAUUACUUUGGAAAGAAGGCGACCGAGUCUUUAGCUUGGCGCGCUCAAACCACUUGACGGGACCUAUGCACCCAGAACAUGCAGCAGCCGGCAUCGGAAUCCCGUUGCCAGGGGUAUUGGCUCAGUAUCGUGUCUUUCCAGCAGCAGGCCUCGUCCGAACACCCAGCCACAUGUCUGACGAAGAGGCAUGCACGCUCACCAUCGCUGCUAUCACGGCGUGGAUGGCAUUAAACUGGGAUCAGCCCAUUAACUCACCGAGACGCGGGGAAGAUGUAUUCAUUUGUCUCCAGGGGACUGGCGGAGUCUCGAUCGCCGCACUGCAGCAGGCACAUGCACUUGGCUUAACCACGAUCGUGACCUCUUCCUCGAACUCCAAACUCGAGAAAGCAAGGGCACUUGGCGCAAACUAUGUCAUCAACUACAAGACAAACCCCAACUGGGACAACGAGGUGUUGCGCCUCACUAAUGGUCGUGGAGCAGACGUCAUUGUCGAGACCGGUGGUCCGGGGACGAUGAACAAGAGUCUAUGCUGCGUUGCACAUGGCGGUACGGUCAGCGCUGUCGGAAUCUUGACCGGGCUGAUGGAGGAAGGAGGCGAGAAUCAAAUCGCAGUAGGCAUGCGCCUUAUUCAGCGCAAUGCCAGUCUGAAGGGUAUAAACAUUGGCCCGCGAGACCGUGUCGAGGAAAUGAUGAGACUCGUGUAUGAGGAGAACUCCGUGCGUCCGAUUGUUGAUCGGAUCUUUGGCUUUGCCGAUGUGAAAGCAGCAUUAGAACACUUGCAGAUGGGCUCACAUCUCGGGAAAGUCGUAAUUAGAGUUGGCGAUGAUUGAAUUGAAAGUCUUAAUUACUGGUUACAUGAUAUCAUAUAUUCCAUAAGAACGACCCAUCACGAACCAUUAUCUGAACAUGGGGAGAUGUUCAAUUUGGUUAUGGUGAGCCCCUUUUCGCGCCGCUGUUAGGUCAUUAGUGGCCGUCGCGAGACUCCUUGAAACGGCUGUCAGCUUGGUGCCCCUCUCACCUGAAAUGCAAUUUACAAUGACC